GCCUUGUCUUCUUUUACCAAGACAAUGAACUAUAUUUUUCGUUUCUAUUAGAUAGCUGACUUUCUAUUUUUCUUUUCCAGGUAAGUGUGUAAAACACCAACUUUACCAAGUGGUUGAAGUCCAAUUUAUAAGAGUUCUUCUGCAUUAGCACAACAACUAUAACAUACCCAGUGUGAUCUUACAAGUGGGGUCUGGUAUCUUUAGCAUGAAGCUUAUUGCACGGUUAAGGCCCGUCCAUACCUAUACAGCUCUUCGUGAAAUUAUAGGGCCUCUGCAAUCUCGUUCGUUUCAACCUGAUUUUGUUCCCAGAGAUCCCAAUGCCAAGCCCAUAAAAUACAAAUAUCCUCCUGCCUAUGAUCCAUAUGGCCCUAGGCCUGAACCAUCAGACAAGGUAGUUCAGCUUGCUGAACGUAUUGCUGCUUUACCCCCAGAAGAGCGUAGACAAAUCGGUCCUUCACUCAGAGAGAUAUUAAGACACCCUAAUUUGAAACAAAUUCAAGUAGAAGGCAUGGAUUUGGGUGCAACAGGUGGUGGACCGGCAAAGGCUGAGGAGAAGAAGGCAGAGAAAACAGUAUUUGAUGUCAAGUUGGAGAAAUUUGAAGCAGCUGCGAAAAUCAAGGUGAUCAAAGAGGUUCGAUCCUUCACGAGUCUAGGUCUGAAAGAAGCCAAGGACCUGGUCGAAAAAGUUCCUGCUAUACUUAAGCAAGGAGUAACCAAAGAGGAGGCUAGCGAAAUAAUAGAAAAGAUCAAAGCUGCUGGAGGAUUUGCAGUUAUGAAGUAAUAACCUCUGCUGGAUUUAGCAGGUUUUCUUAUCCUGCCAUCCUUAGUUUGUUUUGUAAGAGAAUAUGCCAACUACAUAGUUUCUAAUUUUCUAUGUUAGAAUUUGCUUCUUGGAUUAUGAAUUUAUAAUUAUCUCUGUCGGGCUAGGGCAUAUUAGAAGCUUCUUUAUUUUGAUGAAGCAAUCAAUAAUAUGAUUUUGGAGUCAAUUGCGAGUA